GUUGUGUUUUUGGGAGAUUUUUAUCGAUGAAUUGUGAACAAUAAAUAAAAAAUGUAGAGUGCUGUAAUUUGGCAGGAAUUAAUAAUCAUCUUGUAAAAAAUACUGAAUUUUAUGCGUUUUAGAUUGUUCUUGAUUAAAUUAUUUCAAAAAUUAUUAUUCGAUCAAAUUUGUUGAUUCAAGUCGACUUUACCGUUGAAUUUGUUCAAGACAAACCGCAAAUUUUUCAAUGAAAACACCCUAGAAAACUCAUAAAUCCGCAUUCGAUUUUCAUACGAACAGCAAUAUAAUUUCUAACAAAAAUUUUCAACAAUUUCGCAGACCACCACAGUCAAAACAAAUUUCACGCGCUUGCUCGCUGAAUCCCGCAAAAUCCAAACAAACCUCGAAAAAUCUCCCUCCAAAAGUUUUCCACACACAUACCCAUACAUAUCGGCUUUGGCUCCAUACACAAAGGAAGCAAGCCGCGCUCCACUAGCGAAGCCAGAAAGAGAGAGAGAGAGAGAGAGAGAGAGAGAGAGAGAGAGAGAGAGAGAGAGAGAGAGAGAGAGAGAGAAGCACACACUUUGCGCGCGCAGCAGUUCGACUUUUCUCGAAAUCCCCCGAACAUCGCGCGCGGUGCACCUUUCCCGCCAGACUCGUAACGUAUUAUAUACGUGGCAUCGGCUGUAUGCAUGUGUGUGUACCUGUGUGGAUCCCCCGGCGUAGCGACUUUUCGAACGUAUCGCAAGAAGAGGGAGAGUUUUCAAGGCGAGGGGAAGAUGCUGCGUGGAUUUACGUUGGGAUUUAAAGGGACCAUCAGAAGGACGAAUUUGUUAAAUCGCCGCUUUCGCUGGGGUUUUUAAAUCGACUAUAAUUUUUCAUUUGCUUUCGACAUUUUUCAACAAAAUUACCUUUGACAAGAGUUUUGACGAGUUUUACCGUCUGGUAAAAAUGGACAGCCAGUAGAGUGUGAAGAUGAUGAAAAGUUUUUUUUAACGCGUGAUCUCGUACGGCAUAGUCGAACUUGUCCACCACUUUUCUUCUGAAAAGUUUCACAACAUAUAUAUGUAUAAUACAUGUAUGCUAGUACCCGAUUACGCGCAAGAACAGCGCUUGAGAACCAUCCCUAAUCCCAGAACAUUUGGCAAGUGACAAACAUUUUUUAAAGAAAUUCCAAAACGAUUUCUCAUAAUUCCAUUCCUCAUAAGCAUUACGAAACUCUCGAAGCCAGCGCGCAACAGCUCAUGGCCGCGAAAAAAUUCGAAAAAUAAUCUGUUGCGCCGCCCGGCCCCGAAAUUCCCCCAUGUAGGUACGUACGCAGAGCCGUUGCAUACGUACUCUGUAUAUCCUCUGUCUUUCUCCGUUCGCGGGACAAGGGCGCGCGCGAUUUACGCGCGCGUACGUUUCCCGCGUCUCUCUACCCUCUCUCUAUUCUAUACACGCCGAUGCCAUCCCCGCGGUGCAACAGACAUGUGUGUACAUAUAGCUAUACACGAGAACGAAGGAGAGAGAGAGAGAGAGAGAGAGAGAGAGAGAGAGAGAGAGAGGGAGAGAGGGAUCAGCUGAGCACCAGCUGUGCGGCCGCCCAAUAGCCGAGUCUCGCGCCAGUUGCUUCUCAGUCUCACUCGCAGCGUAGCUCGCGCCGAGUGUAUACACAUAUACAUACAGACAUAAAGAAGCGAACGAAGCGUAACUGUUGCCUGUGCGCGCGCGAACGUAAACCGCGCGACACGUCGCUCGUUCUUCUUCUUCCUCGAGCUCUUCGCUGUUUGUGUGUUUACUGAGUGCUGUGCUACAACUACCUGUACUUACACUGUGUCAUCUCUCCGUGCAUACGAGUAGCUUCGCUUGGGCAGGAGUCGAUCAUCCUGUGGAAGACGCGCUGGGGUGCAUCGACAGUGUGUGCUCUCGUCGCAUCCUCCCUUGCUGCAUCGGGAGAAAAGUGACAACUCAGUGUGUCCGGUGCAUCGUUCCGAGGCUGCCGAGCCGGAAAAAACGACGAGCACCAGUCAAAAAGAGGAAAAUCCGAGUGCACAAGUGUCCCGAGAAUCUCGGUGCAACCUCGGCAGUGUCCGCCUCGAUUUAACCUUUAUUCCGGCCGCCGAUCCUCGCCGAAUCCCGGCGAAAAGUUCCCUCGAGUCUCGAGGAAAGCAGAACCGUGCUCGGAAAAGCGGAAAAGCCACGGCGUUUGAGGUUAUGCGGGAAAUAUAGAGGGCGCGCCGCUGACACGACGCACCGCCGAGGAGGGUAGCUUUUCGCGCGCUCUUCUCCCGCGCGCCGCUCUACACUCGCGCGCCAGCCAGCUCUCUUGCCGCCUGGCUGCAUAUAACGAUACCUAUAUCCCUUGAAAGCCCCUGCAAUUUCUCGGCCCUCGACUCGGCCUGGGAAAAUCCUGCCGUUUCGCCUUGCCGUCUGAAGGGUAAUCGGGUGGCUCGGGAGAAAAAUAGCGGGACGAGGAUAUUUCCCGGUGUAAAAAAAGGCGGGCGAGCGCGCGCGCGCGAGAAUCUGCCGCCGCCGAAGUGCACUAUGGCCACGGCGCUACUGUGAAGUCGUCGACCAGUGGCGGUCCCGCACUUUUCGGCCUCGUUUCUACCGCAGCAGCAUCGGACGUGUCCCCGCUGUGCCGAAACUCCAGGACUCUAGGCUCCAUCCGACGAUCGUCUUCCAGAGGAGAUUCGCUGUCGAGGAAUACAGAACGACGGAGACGACGAGGCGCGAAGCUUCAAGAUGCCACAGACGAGCAUGCAAGAAAAGCAAUCCAAGAUCCAUUUGCAGAAUGGCAAGGGCACCCAGAGUUUCAGGCGGAAGAGGAAAGCUGCUGAGAUCUCAGAGGAUUCUGAGAACAUUUAUCCCCCCAACAAAGUUCCUGCCCUUUCCCCAACAGAGACUUUUGCAGAGUCCUGCACUGUCACAAGUCCUCCCGUGGCAUACACACCUCAACCAUCCACCUCUCCUCUGAAGGAGCAACAGGAACCAUCAACAUGGUCAGAACUCCGGGCAUCCACUUGUUUCCUAACACCAUCUGCUUCUCACAGCGACACCAACAAAACCACACCCCUUCCCUCCUUUCCCUGGGCCGAUGGAGCACAAGUAUGGUCAAUUAUGUGCCUGGGAGACCAAAAGUCUGUUACGCAGAGGGAUCCACAAAUGUUCCAGAGGCAUCCAACGUUACAACCCAGGAUGAGGGCGAUUCUUCUGGACUGGUUAAUCGAAGUUUGUGAGGUUUACAAACUACACAGAGAGACUUAUUAUCUUGCUAUGGACUACAUUGACAGGUAUCUCUCAACUCAUCACAAUGUCCCGAAGAAUCAGCUUCAACUCAUUGGUAUCACAUGUUUAUUUAUUGCAGCCAAGGUUGAAGAAAUUUAUCCACCAAAGAUUGCAGAGUUUGCAUAUGUCACAGAUGGUGCAUGCACUGAGGAGGAAAUUCUAGGAAAAGAAUUGGUUGUUCUGAAAGGUCUUGGAUGGAAUCUGUCCCCUGUUACAGCACCAGGUUGGCUGAAUGUGUAUAUGCAGGUGGAAUCGGGUGACUGGUCCAAGCCAAAUACCUUCAUCUACCCCCAAUAUGGUGGAUUACAGUAUUCACAAGCUUCGCAGCUCUUAGAUUUAGCAACACUUGAUGAAGGAAGUUUGAAGUUUUCGUAUAGUCAUUUAGCAGCUGCUGCUGUUUAUCACACUCAGGGAAGGGAAUGUGCACUACGUGUCUCCCGGCUAACGUGGGAACAACUGGGGCCCUGCGCCAAGUGGCUCAACGCGUUCGCGCUCACAGUCGCCGAGGAGCGCGCCCAACAGAUGCUGCGAUCAGCGGUACCCCUCAUCGACAGUUCCGCCGGUUCUGGUCUGCGCGCGAGCGUCCCCAAUAUUGUGGCUGACGAAUCGCACCGUAUCCAGACGCAUGUAAUUGACCUGGAAAUGCUGGAACAAGCGCAGCAGCGACAGUCACAUGAGGCGAUCUUGCUCUCGGAUUGCUUAGAUUUCGAGGCUAUCCUCGAAUCGGCGAGUAGUCCUGACCAGAGCGGUAUUCUCACUCCACCCUCAAGCAGCCAGAAGAACUCGCCCACGCCACCAAGGCUGCCACCCCAACUCGAACCCUACACAUAAAUGUCAGACUCUUGUCUUUGGUUUCGUUAGUCUCUGUCUGAGUUCUCUGCUUCCAGGUGCCUUGCUGAUUGUACUGAUUACCUUUAAAAGGAAAUAAGCUGCUGUUUUUGUCAGUAUGUGCUGACACUGCUGAAUUUUUAUUGCGGGAAAUGUUUAUACAGGUUUUUAACGUUUUUAUGAAAUGAAUUAUUAAGCAAAGUCUGGCACAGGCUGUAGAAAACGGCGACUAAUUUUUGUCCGGGUUCAAGUUCAGCAGGGUUCCGAAUUUUUUAAAUAAUAAUUUCGCUUAGAUUUAUACUUCGAUCGGAUGUGUUUAUACCGAGGGAAAGGCUGUACAUAGUUAUGCAUGACUGUAGAUGAAAUUUGCUCUCAUACUUUUUGUACAUAUGACCAUUUUUUCCUGGAAUAGUAGUAGUUUUUUGCUAAUUCUAAAGAGCGCGCUGAUCUUAUUUGUUUUUUGGUUCAGCUUUCGACGUACAAAAUGGAACUGAUUAUUAAAUAAUAUAAAGUUGUAGUCAAUUUUUUUUAUAUUUUUAAUACGAUCUAUCCAUUUAAUGCACUUCAAAUAACUUAAAAUCACAGUUGAAAAUUUUACGAUUUUAGUAAAUCCGAAUAUUUUGCAAGUUAUGCCAACUUUUUGAGAUCUAUAUUUCAUUAAAUUUUAUGACUAACGAUUGAACUUUUGGAUCAUCACUCAUGUCGAAGCUAAGUAACGUAGUGCUUUUUCCGAUUUACUAAAAAGAGUAAUACAAGUUGAUUGAUUUUUUGUUAUUUGGGUUUCCUAUAGCCAUUUUAUAAAGAUUUCUGAGUCAUUAAGAACAAAUUUCAAUGCACGUUAAGGUUGGUAAAUAUACUGUUAAACAAAUCAAGAAAUCUAUAAGCGACAACCGUUCAAGUUUAACGAAAAUUCUAAUGUCACCAUUGUAAAUGCGCUUGCGAUUCAGGCAUAUUGUGAUGCGUUGAAUGUAAAAUUUCUUAUGUUCUCGGUCUAUAGUUCUUAAUAUAGGAUUCUCUGAAAUUAAACAUAUUUAAGUAUCUCAAAGAACUGAAUAUCAUAAACUAUGACUAUAUUUACACAAACAGCUUUCACUCGAUAGAGCAGCGUAUUUUCUAAGUAAAUAACGUAUGUAAUGCAUAUUUUAACGCCAGGUUAAAGAGAAGUGGCAGAUUUUUCUUGUAAAUAUUGAAAAGAUUCGAUUAGUAGUCCGGUAUACAUAUUAAAUACACUUGAAGAAAAGUCAUCGCAUAUGCUUCUGUGAAGUGAAAAAAAAACGCUUAGAAAUUAAUUUUGUGCGGCGCACGAUCGCACAGUUCUGUGAUUGGACGAGCAAGACUCCGACGAGGAAUUAGCGAGUGCCUUAAGAGAAACUAACGAUAAAGUCUUCUCUUGGAGUCUUUAAUGGAUUUCGUCCGUCCUGGAGGACUGAAAACAUACACUAACUAUACAUAUAGAAAAGAUUUAAAAAAAAUAAUAAAAAAUGUAUUAUACUUUUUUCUUUUUUUUAUAACGCAGCAAAGUGCCUGUCACCACCGGUGCGCUUACAUAGAUUGUUUUUACCUAAUGGAUAAGGAAGAAGGACAUCAUUGUGAAUAGUAUUUUCUUUAUUUCUUUUAUAUGAUACGCUUUAAUUUUUUAACGCAAUACGCCGCGUUAAUAUUGUGAAAACUGCGAGAGCGAGUGUGCGCGCGUGUCGAUUUAUGUAAAUAAUAAAAGGUGCGAAAAUCCAUUACAACCAGCGUAGGAAAGAGAAUGUGAGUUAUAUUAUUAUUAUAUUGUAAGUAUGUAUGAAAAAUAUGUUGAGUCGUGCGUGUUGGUCUUAGACUUUUCAUGUAGAGUCUACGAGGAGCUAUUGACAAUAAAAAAAAUAGAAUAAACAAAUUAUAGAAUGAUUAUCAAAAAUAUAUAUAUUUUUUCCUUCUAUAACAUACAAACUGUAAAAAUUAAUUUACGUUUUGAAAAGUGUACAAUAAAGGUAUUAAAAUUGUA